AUGGCCACCCCUAGUGUUCUCACCUUUGACAUUGAGGGUCAAGCAGUUGACUUUGAGGUCUGGGUAGAUGAUCUGCAGCUUUUCCUACAGUGCGAUAAGGCAGACGGUCUCUCCCUCUUUGACCUCACUCUGGUGCCUCUCCUGCCCCUACUGCUGAUGCUGACACCACUGUUUGCUCACAUUGCACGCUACUCUUCCCCUGCCACUGCUGCACUGAGCCGCCUCAUGCUACCGUACCUCUUCCCUGACCUUGCUACCUUUCCCACAGUCGCUGACCUCAUUACGCACCUCCGCACUAGUGACACUCGCUACCGCGCUGCGCUUCCUGCUGAGUUCUGCGCCAAGAACCCCCCCGCCAUGUACAUCACCCUCUACUACAUAGUCACCCGACUCCCUGACUCUCUUCGCGUAGUCAGGGACCACUUCCUCUCAGUUUGCCCAACCACUCUCACCGUUUACCUCCUCAAGAAGGGCCUCCUAGUAGCAGAGAAGAGCAUGGUCGCUGUAGGAGCCUCUCGUGAGGACCCUCGCACCCUUGUCUUUGAGGGGUGUUCCCCCUCCCCCCUCUUGCCCUCUGUUGCCUCUGCUGCUGCGGUCGACCUCUUUGGUUUCGAGUCGGUCGGCGCUGCGUCUGCCCCUAGCGGAAGACGCCGCACCGGCAAGGGCAAGGGGGGCAAGGGCGCUAGAGGGGCUGGCGGGGGCGGUGGAGGAGGUAGUGGAGGCAGUGGAGGGGGUGGGGGUGGUGGUGGGAGUGGUGGCGGGGGUGGCGGCGGCGGUGGCAGCAGUGGAGGCGGAGGAGGCGGCGGUGGUGGCGGAGGGAGCAGAGGCGGCGGAGGUGGCGGAGGAGCCCGAGGUGGAGGAGGCGGCGGAGGCGGCGGCAGCGGCGGCGGUGGUGGAGCGGGUCGCGACUCUACGCAGAGGAGUGGCUUAGGUGGUAGUCUGCGCCAGCACCAGCGGAGCUUCGUGAGUGGUACGCUGCGCGUCAGGGCGUGCGGGGGCUCGCACUCCACCCAGCGCUGCUUCGGUCGCCUGACGGACACGUGGCAUCGCCAGCUCCCUGAGGCGUCAGAGAUCCCUCUCUGGGGAGAUCUGUCUAGGGCGGGGGUUGCCAUCUUUGAUCUUGACUAUGAUGCUAUCCUUGCUGCCAUGUAUUGUGUGACUACAAGUGUUGAGGGUGUCUAUUACCUGUGUGUACCGCCUGACCCGGGCAUUGAGGCCACUGCUCUAGGUGCUGGCGAGGCUGCUGCUCUAGGUGCUAGUGCCUCUGCUACCCCAGCUGCUAGGGCGUCUGCUGCCCUAGGUACUGGUGAGUCUGCGCUCUUAGGUACUACGUCGGCUCAGGCCUUACACACCUUCACCCUUAACUCGAGUGCGUCCCGCUCCACUCGUACGCCGCUCAGUCGGCCGGUUGCAGUCUCCCUGUCGGACCCCUCUGGGGGUCCUGUCCUUGCUAGCUUCUCCACUGUCUUACCGUGUCCGUCAGCCCCCUCUGGCACCCUGUCAGGUCUCUACCUCCCCUCGUUCUCUACAAACUUGGUGAGUGGAGCGGACCUAUAG